AUCCAAUCAUGGCUCUCGACUCGCACCAUGGACAACGGGCAGUCAGUCGUCGGUCCUUCUGAACGCAUAACAGCUCUGUGUUAUCGCAACGAGCGUUUUCCACUACCGAUCACGGCGUCCGAUGGGGAAUAGUCGCACCGGCGUCUUCGCCAGCGGAGCCCGGAUGAUGCUGGGAAUCUCUGGCACCUGGGGAUACCUUCGUCGCCGAGUGGGUGGUGACGCCAUUGAUGCGCCCGAACACACACACAUUCUCUCUGUCUCUCUCCGAGGGGUUUGUCCUGCUAUCGAUGAGAACGGCGGAUCAGACAGACAGCCAGACGGGAUAUUGUCAGGUACUGGAGAUUUCCGAGAACGAGAUCCGCCCUUGAUGAAUUCCCGCAGGUGGAUUUCGUUGUCACGCGCGGUUCGAUUGACAUACACGCUGGACGGUACGGUACAGCGCAGUGCAGUACAUAGCUUGAAAAUGCCUUGUCUUCAUGCCUCACCUGAGCGUUCCUCAUUCCUCAUUCCUCAUUCUUCAUUCUUCAUUCCUCAUCAACAGCACCAACAACCUUUUUUUGCGGUCCAUCGGGGUCCAUCCAUCACAUGAAAUCAGGGUCCCGAUCUAAACCUUUUUAGUGCCACGCGUGCGCAUUUUUUUGCCCCGCCGCCGCCUCCGACGACCUGUCUUGGACCGGUUUGGUGACGACGAGAUCUUGCCGCCACAUCGAGCCCAUUCUCGUCGAAGUCAAAUUUCCAUACUAUGCCGUAGAAACGGGCAGGCAGAUUCUCGAUUGCAGCUCUCUUGUUAGCUGCUGAUUGACAUUGAAAA